CUUCGGUGUACCAAUGCCUCGUCAGAAGCUUUCAGCACUUAUAGGCGCCGUCUGCAGUUUUGUUACCUGCAGUGACUCUUCCCUCCGAGGUCAGCCUACCAUCUUCAACCCUGACUUCUUUGUGGAGAAGCUCCGGCAUGAGAAACCCGAGGUGUUCACCGAGUUGGUGGUCAGCAAUGUCACAAGGCUCAUUGAUUUACCUGGAACGGAGUUGGCUCAGCUGAUGGGGGAAGUGGACCCUAAGUUGCCUGGCGGGGCUGGCUCAGCGCCCGGCUUCUUCCGGUCUCUCAUGUCUCUCAAACGAAAAGAAAAAGGAGUGGUGUUUGGAUCUCCACUGACAGAGGAAGGCAUUGCCCAGAUAUACCAACUGAUUGAGUAUCUACACAAAAACUUGCGAGUGGAGGGUUUAUUCCGAGUACCAGGAAAUAGUGUCCGGCAACAGAUUUUAAGGGAUGCUCUCAAUAAUGGGAGUGAUAUUGACUUGGAAUCAGGGGUGUUUCACUCAAAUGACAUUGCCACCUUGCUGAAGAUGUUCCUAGGAGAGUUACCGGAGCCGCUGCUGACACAUAAACAUUUCCAUGCACACCUCAAAAUUGCUGAUCUGAUGCAAUUUGAUGAUAAAGGCAACAAGACCAGUGUUCCCGAUAAGGAGCGGCAAAUUGAGGCCCUUCAGUUGCUCUUUCUCAUCCUCCCACCGCCCAAUCGUAACUUGCUGAAGCUAUUGCUAGAUCUCUUGUACCAGACAGCCAAAAAACAAGACAAGAAUAAGAUGUCUGCCUAUAACCUUGCACUUAUGUUUGCACCCCAUGUCCUGUGGCCCAAAAAUGUAACUGCAAAUGACCUUCAAGAAAACAUCACAAAAUUAAACAAUGGGAUGGCUUUUAUGAUCAAGCACUCCCAGAAGCUUUUUAAGGCUCCUGCUUACAUUCGGGAAUGUGCCAGGACGCACUACCUGGGCUCCAGAACUCAAGUAUCUAAGGAUGACCUUGACUUGAUAACCUCAGGUCAUACGAAGUCUGUCCAGCUGGCAAAGUGUCAGAAGCGGGCCCGGGAAGAGUUGUGCUCGCUCCAGGAGGAGACCCAGCAGCGCACGGAAGAGGCCCUGCGAGAGCUGUUCCAGCAUGUCCACGACAUGCCUGAGUCGGCCAAGAAGAGGCAGCUCAUGAGACAGUUUAAUAAGCAAUCUGCGACCCAGACCCCAGGGAGAGAACCUUCCACUCCCCGGGUACAGAAGAGGGCCCGCUCUCGUUCCUUCAGCGGGCUGAUUAAGCGGAAGGUGUUGGGGAACCCUGUGAUGUCAGAAAAGAAAACCCAGUACCCCACUCCGGAGUCUAUGGCCACUGGUGAACUGAGCCGAGCCAGCAAAGAAAAUGUGCACUCAGUGUCUCCCGGCUCCCCCGCUGUCAGGAUGACACCGACAAGAUUGAAAUGGUGUGAGGGGAAGAAGGAGGGGAAAAAAGGGUUCCUCUGAAGGAGCCAGAGCCCCCGUGCCCCCAGGACUGUCCUUCGGCAGUGCCCAGACGUGCAACCGGCUUGCUGCACUCUGAAUGGUGUGAAAGCAACUAAUACCUGACCGAUACCUCUAAUCCCACUCACUGGAUGUUUGCAGACUGUGCCUUCUGAACAAGUGCUAUGAAAUAAUAACGUUUAUUUUAUGUCUUAAUAUUAUGGGGAACCACUAACCAGCCAGGCAGCACACCCAGCAAGUCAAAUGGGCAGUCAGGUGGGCACUGCCAGCCAGGGUGGUGUUGAGGCAGUCUGUGUUUCAAACUAUGGGACCCGUGUUUACUAGCAGGGAUGCUUUUUAAGUAUGCCAAUUCUAGUGGACCGAUGUUAUUUUUAAACGAUAUUUUGGGCUUUUCUCUGUUUUGAUAAUGUUGGGGGAGUAUUUUGGUUGUUAUUUUACUUUUGUUCAUUGUUGUAUUUCUUUGUUCUAAAAGCCAUAUCUAUGGGGAAGUGGGUAGAUGGACUAAAGGUCUCUGCUGUCUCUGAGUCUGAGUUCACCUGAGCGCUGAGAAAGCUCCUUGUUUGGUGAGGUGUAUCCAGCACUAUCUUAUUUGUGUCCAAAGAAUGUAUAGCUUACCUAGAAAUUGUCAGCUGCUUCUUGGGUCUGAGAUUGAAGGGCAUUGAACCAGCCAUGUUGCAGAAGAGUUCAGAACGAUACAAGGGUUUUAACAAGUUUUGAUGAUUAAACUGUUUGCUCUCUCCCUUCCCCUCCCUGUCCCCUUGGUUAGCCCCACUCCCCUCCUUCCUGCCUUGCUCAGCCGUGCCAAGCUAAUUGUGUGGUGGCUGAACUGGUUUCCUUGGUUCAGCUUCCUGUGGCCUGAAACAUCUCUGGUGCCAGUGUAGUCCCCCUGACCUUUGUUCACACACAGUCCCCGAGAGCCUGACAGAGGUGUGCUGGCACUUUGUAGAUUGUGGGAUACUCUGGCGGGUGGGGCUGGCCGGCCGGCCCUCUGUGGGAAUGACUCUGAGUGGAAUUCUGUUCCAGCCUUCCCAGGACCAGGUGUGCAGGCUAGACCGUCUCCACGAGCCAGCCGGAGCCAGAGGAGGGGAGGGCAGGGCGCUGCUGUCUCUGAUGGCUGACAGGAGCUGACCAGGGGCUGGUGCUGGCCCGCAGUGCUCAGGAAACGGCCUGUGCCGUCGGAGUGGGUGCGGCUGUGUCUUGGAGGCGGUGCCAUCACAGUGUGUGCUGUCGCAGAAACUAUCCUGCUCAGACAGCAGCCUAGCAGGUGAGCAGGGUCAGGCGUGUGCCCAGCCCUGUCCAACUGUCCCCAGCUGGCCCGUGCUGUGCUGGAGUGGGGAUGGAGGAGGCCGGGGCGGGGUGGCGAUGGGCUUCCUGUCUGGGGGCAGCAGCAGUGCUGAAGAACACCGUGCCUGCGGUCUUCCGACUGGGUGCAUUGGGGUGUUGCACGGUGAGCUGUGCGGCAGCUGCACAGACAUCGCUCUGUCCUUCCCGAACCACCAGCACCGCCUUGUGUGUAGGUUUCUGUUGGACUUUGUCCUCAUCAAGAAAAACCCAGAAUUCCUUGUGACUUCAACCAUUCAAGUCAGGUUUGGGGAUCCCCAGAUCGAAGGGCAUCCACCCGUGACUUGGUACUUCCCGACUUCCUGUCUUCUGGUGUGUUCUCUCCCGGAGGGGGCGGUGCCUCCCUCACGAGGGCCUGGCCCCAGCCAGGGCUGUGGCGUGCUGACCAAGACACCUCCUUAUCGGCGAGCUGCUUCUGUGGCUCAGUCUGAGGAGGGAGCUGGGUGCCCUCAGGCCUUCUUGGGAUGCUAGUGUUCCAGGAGCAGGGGUGGCGACAGAGAUGUUUCCGGCACACACGUGGCUCCAUCCAGGUGGCCCCCUGGGACAGUGUGUGUGUGUGUGUGUGUGUGUGUGUGUGUGUGUGUGUUUUGUGGAAGUAACUUAUUGCGUGUGAUGAUCACCCUUGCGUUAAGGGCGUCGUGGGUCAUUUUCCUCAUGGAGGCUGUGACCCAGCGGGAAUGGAAGUUUAAGGAGGAAGCAGCGUAACCACGGGCCGCACAGUACACAGACGUUCUCACCCUGCGGAAUCACAGGGCCACUCAAAGAUAGGCACCCAAUUGUUUGCCACCGCAGGGGACUGCCGCCUCUUGCCACUCAGACUGGUUGCUGGUGCAGUUUUUGAGCCAGGACCUCACAAACAUUUUAGUCUUUGUCCGUAAAAUGUGGUGUUCUGUUGAUUCUCCAUGUUGGGACAACCCCUUUGAGAAUUCUUCUUUUUCUUUUAAAUUCUUCGUUUUCUUCUUCUAAAAUGUCACCUUUCCUCCUGGGGUCAGUGGUGAUGGGCCUUCCUAUGGAGCGCUACAGGGGCAGCCACCUGACUGAGUGGACAGGGCGGUGCUGGCACUGGUUACAACUGGGGAGUUUUGUUGCACUGGGACCGGUGGAUCUGGUGGGACACCUCACUUCCUGCUGCAGUAAGCUAGUGGCCCAGGAAAUCCUGGUGGGACUUGCGGGCCAGGACCUGCUCACGGAGCAGGUGUUUAACGACUCCCGGCGGAGACUCUCCUUCAACUGUCCCCCUUAGAGGGCAAGGACAGUCAGAUGUGACCGGGGUCAGCCUGUGGGAAUGGGCUCUGUGGGGGGCUGUUGACCACAGAGAUGACAGGGUGACCUGAGGUGGCUGCUCUCUUGGCCCGUGCGGAAGCCACUUGGUCCUCGUCUUAGAGCAGGCCCCUCUCAUCCUGGGUGGAGUGUCUCCACCCAGCUCCUACUUGGGACUCUAUUCGGUGCGGUUUAGCACAUUGCCUCAUAGGAGAACCUGUCUGUCGCUGGGACAUGCCUCAUCUUGGCUGGCCACGGUUAACUGGGGAAGCCGUCUUUGGGAUUGGACUUCUUUAGAUCUUUCUCCUUACUUUCAACAGGCCCUCACGGCGUUGCUUGAAAUUUAUGGCUCCCCUUUGAGGCCUUUUAAGUAGAAUUCAUUUCCGCAGGAGAGAAAGCCUCAGCCGUGCCCUCCUCUGCCCAGAGCUUUUGUGCUAGAGAUAGAACUAGCUGGAUUCCAACCCAGAGACCAGCACGUGCAGGACUGCCCUAGCAUCUGGGGACACUUUGGGUUCCUGAGACCCAGAGGCUUUUAAAGCUGGUGGCAAUUUACCCAUUCUUAAGCUCACUGUACAAAGCUGGCUUUCUAGGCAGUUAGUGCUGAGAUCUUCCCAACAGCAUAGAGACGCUCAUGGAGGGGCUAGUGAGGAGGUGGAAUGCAUAAUAGCCCGAGUGCUUGGGUUACCAUGGAGACAGGAGUGUGUGAGGCCACAGCCAUUGAGCACUCCCCCAGACGUGCUGGGGGCCAGCAGAACCUGUCAGGGAAAAACCAACACCGUUUCCUCGCCCCAGAGCCCUUCAGGCCCGUAUGUCUCUGAGCCCCAUCAACACAAGACGAGGUGCCUUAGUGCUUGCCUUUGAGCACAUUCUUGUUGGACUGUAUAUCGUAUAAAUGUACAUGUAACUGUAAAGCCAUGCCAUGUGUAUUAUCUUUUAUAUAUUCAUGCAGUAUUCUGAAAUUAAAUUUGUUUUAUAUCCA